ACUGAAGCAGAGCUGUAAAGAAAAGCACCUUUCAAUCGAAAAUCAUAUUUAUAUCCGUUAAAUUCUACAAGAUGACGACAUAUAGAGCUGCCGAUUCUAAACGCGAAGAAUUCAGAAAAUACUUAGAAAAGGCAGGUGUAUUAGACUGCCUCACUAAAGUACUGGUUACUCUAUAUGAAGAACCUGAAAAACCAAAUGAUGCAUUGGACUUUUUAAAACAACACUUGCACGGCGGUCCUCCCGAAACAAGCGAUGUAGAAGCAUUGAGAUUAGAGAAUGCAGAAUUAAAACAAAAAAACAAUGCUUUACAAGAAGAAGUCAACGAGCUUAAAUCAAAGCUUGCAGAAUACGAGAAUAAUACGGAAGAAUAA